UUCAGUCUUUUAUAUGAAGAAGCCAAGUAUUACCAGCUGCAGCCGAUGAUCAAAGAACUGGAGCGAUGGAAGCAGGAGAAAGAGCAACAGAAACAUUUCCAGCCCUGUGACUGCUUGGUGGUGAGAGUGACGCCGGAUCUCGGUGAGCGGAUCGCAUUGAGCGGGGAGAAGGCGCUGAUCGAGGAGAUCUUCCCAGAGACGGGGGAUGUGAUGUGCAACUCGGUGAAUGCUGGCUGGAACCAGGACCCCACCCACGUCAUCCGCUUUCCCUUGAACGGGUAUUGCCGGCUGAAUUCGGUGCAG